AUGUCCAAAGCAGUCUUCCUCACCAAAGUCGAUGGCAAACCCGGCCAAGUCUACUAUCCGCUCAACGUGCAGACCCAGCUCCAGCCAACUCCGCAGGGCCGCGAGCUGCUGGUCAAGAUGACCGCGGCAUCGCUGAACCACCGCGACGUCUUCCUGCGCCAGCAUCUCUACCCGGGCAUCACGUUCGACGUGCCAAUGGGCGCCGACGGCGUCGGGGUGGUCGUGUCCGCCGGGCCAGACGUGACGAGCCCAGAGCGAUGGCAGGGGAAGCGAGUUAUCUUGAACCCCGGGCUGGGCUGGAAGGAUUCCCCCGACGGACCGGAAGAUCCCAAGGGGUAUCGCAUUCUCGGCGGGACGAAGCACUAUACGACGGGUACGAUGCAGGAGUUUCUUGUCAUUGACGAAGGGGAGGUCGAGGAGGCGCCCGAGCACCUUUCUGAUGCGGAGGCUGCGGCAUUGCCGUUGACCGGUUUGACGGGGUGGAGGGCCCUGGUGGUUAAGGCAGGGGAGAGGAACUCGGGCAAAGGCGCGGCGGUACUAUUGACGGGCAUCGGGGGAGGAGUCGCGCUGAUGGUGCUGCAAUUUGCGAUCGCCAGAGGGGCAGAUGUCUAUGUGACGAGCUCGAGUGAAGCGAAGAUCCAGAGGGCGAUUGAGCUGGGUGCGAAGGGUGGUGUGAAUUACAAGGAGGAGGCCUGGGAGAAGAAGCUGCUGGGCAUGCUGCCUGAAGGGAAGAGAUCUUUCGACGCCGUCAUCGACGGUGCUGGUGGCGAUGCUAUCGAAAAGGCAGUCAGGUUGCUCAAGCUCGGUGGGAUCCUCUCUGUCUAUGGAAUGACCGUGUCGCCCAAGAUGCCUUUCCUGAUGCAAGCCGUGAUGAGAAACAUCGAGGUCCGCGGUUCGACGAUGGGUUCUCGAAAGGAAUUCAAGGAGAUGGUGGAGUUUGUAAAGACCAACAAGAUCCGACCGGUGGUCUCGCGCGUGCUGCAGACCGACCUGGGUGAUAUCGCAGGGCUCGACGCGUUGUUCCAGGAGUUGAAGGAGGGCAAGCAGUUUGGUAAAUUGGUCGUUGAGUUCGGCAAGUCUUCGGAGAGUAAACUGUAG